UCGGGCCCGGGAGCCACGUUCCGCGGGGAGCAGGCGCUGGCGCGGAGCAGGGGUUUCAGUUUCUGGCGCGAACUUCCGCCGUUCCGAAGUUGCACGGCGAAUUGGAGCUAUGUCUGGGGACAGCAGCGGCCGCGGGACCGAGGGCCGGGGCCGGGGCCGCGACCCGCACCGGGAUCGGACCGGCUCCCGCUCCCGCUCGCGGUCCCCGCUGUCGCCCAGGUCCCGCCGCGGCUCCGCGCCGGAGCGCAGAGAAGCCCCAGAGCGCCCGAGCCUGGAGGACACAGAGCCGUCGGAUUCCGGGGACGAGAUGAUGGACCCGGCCAGCUUGGAGGCGGAGGCCGACCAAGGCCUGUGCCGCCAGAUCCGCCAUCAGUACCGGGCGCUCAUCAACUCUGUCCAACAAAACCGGGAGGACAUACUGAAUGCCGGUGACAAAUUAACAGAGGUCCUUGAAGAGGCAAACACUCUGUUUAAUGAAGUGUCCCGAGCAAGAGAAGCAGUCCUAGAUGCCCACUUUCUUGUUUUGGCUUCCGAUUUGGGCAAAGAGAAAGCAAAGCAGCUGCGCUCAGACCUGAGUUCCUUUGACAUGUUAAGAUAUGUUGAAACUCUACUCACACAUAUGGGUGUAAAUCCGCUAGAAGCUGAAGAACUUAUCCGUGAGGAAGAUAGUCCUGAUUUUGAAUUCAUCGUCUAUGACUCUUGGAAAAUAUCAGGCAAAACAGCAGAAAACGCCUUUAAUAAAACCCAUACAUUCCACUUUCUGUUGGGUUCAAUAUAUGGAGAGUGCCCUGUGCCAAAGCCACGAGUCGACCGUCCAAGAAAAGUUCCUAUGAUACAAGAGGAGAGGGCAAUGCCUGCCCAGUUAAGAAGAAUGGAAGAAUCUCAUCAAGAAGCAACAGAGAAAGAAGUAGAAAGAAUCUUGGGAUUGUUACAGACAUAUUUUCAAGAAGAUCCUGAUACCCCAAUGUCCUUCUUUGACUUUGUGGUUGAUCCUCACUCUUUCCCCCGUACAGUGGAAAACAUCUUUCAUGUUUCCUUCAUUAUACGGGAUGGUUUUGCAAGAAUAAGACUUGACCAAGACCGACUGCCAAUAAUAGAGCCUGUUAGUAUUAAUGAAGAAAAUGAGGGAUUUGAACAUAACACACAAGUUAGGAAUCAAGGAAUUAUAGCUUUGAGUUACCGUGACUGGGAGGAGAUUGUGAAGACCUUUGAGAUUUCAGAGCCUGUGAUUACUCCAAGUCAGAGGCAGCAGAAGCUAAGUGCUUGAUGCUAGCUGAAGGACUCAAAUGGAUAGUGAAGUCCAAAACGGAAAGCGGCAUGUAUUGUAUAUAUUGUAUGAUUCAACAUUUUCAAAGGCAGAUUGUUUUUAGUAAAAUGUAGCUUUUGAUAGUUAAUACAUUUGUCAUGGUUGUGUUUGAUUAAAGGAAACUCACCACCAUAUUCACAAAUAA